GUCAGUAUCCUCCAAAUUUAUUUGAGUCUUGAGAAACUCACGCUUCGCCUCCUUUCUUCCCUAUUCUCUCCAUUUCAAUCCAAUUUCUCCCCCAUUGCUUCUUUUCUCAACUCUCUUCAAUCGGCCAAUCCGCUUGUUGCGGGGCUGUUGUUUUAAUCUUGAUUGAAGCGACGGGUUUUGUGGCGUUUUGGGGGAAAGAUGAGGGGAAUAGUGGGAUCUGUUCACCACUUUCGAUCAGUUCUACGAGGUCAAAAUCGUCUUUUGAGGAUACCCAAGUGCUUGAUUGACAAUAAUCAUAAUCAUUUUCAUGGCUUUGGGUAUAGUGUUUUUAGUAAUGUGGAAAAAAUCAAUGGAAUUGUACGGCCAAACUCGUUCAUGGUUUCAAGAGCUUUGUCUACAGAAACUACUGCUAAAGAAACCGUUUCAGAGGUGAAUAUAGCAGGGCCUCUUGUGGAGUAUGAAAGAAGAAUUGCGGCUGGUGAGCUCGUAGAUGGUGAUACUUGCCAGAUAGGAACCUUAAGAGAACUUCAGAGACUAUACGAUGAGCUUGUUGAAUCAGCUGAUGCCUGCAAGUUAGAUCGCUAUGCAUCUUCUGAGAAGACUGGAAGGAGUCGGUGGCUAUGGAGUCGCUUAAUGCCACAAUCUUCGGACUCACCUGUCAAAGGAUUAUAUCUUUACGGAGGAGUUGGCACUGGGAAGACAAUGUUGAUGGACUUGUUCUAUCAUCAACUGCCCUGCAAUUGGAGGAAGAAGAGGAUUCAUUUUCAUGACUUCAUGUUGAAUGUCCAUAGCUGCUUGCAAAAGCACAUGGGUGUGUCAGAUCCACUUGAAGUUGUUGCAGGGGAGAUAUCAGAUGAGGCCAUUUUAUUAUGUCUAGAUGAGUUUAUGGUUACUGAUGUUGCGGAUGCAUUGAUAUUGAAUCGUCUUUUUGGACAUUUGUUCAGUAAUGGUGUUAUACUAGUUGCCACUUCAAACCGUGCUCCGGACAAUCUCUACGAAAAUGGAUUACAGAGGGAUCUUUUUUUACCCUUCAUUGCUGCCUUGAAGGAAAGAUGUGUUGUCCAUGAAAUUGGCUCGUCAGUAGAUUAUAGGAAACUGACAUCGGCUGAGCAAGGUUUCUACUUCAUUGGCAAAGAUUCGUCAGACCUUCUUAAGAAAAAAUUUAAGGAAUUGAUCGGUGAACAUGAAGCUUGUCCACAAGAGGUUGAGGUUGUAAUGGGAAGGACAUUGCAGGUUCCGUUGGGUGCUAAUGGAUGUGCAUAUUUCAAAUUUGAUGAACUGUGUGAUAGACCUCUCGGAGCUGCAGACUACUUUGGAUUGUUCAAGAAUUUUCAUACCCUAGCUUUGGAAGGUGUCCCAAUAUUUGGACUCCACAAUAGGACAACGGCAUACCGGUUUGUCACUUUGGUUGAUGUAAUGUAUGAGAACAAGGGCCGAUUGAUGUGUACAGCCGAGGGUAGUCCUGUACAACUUUUCAGCAAGAUAGUGACAAUUGCUGACGCCCAGCACAUUGCACCUAGAACCGCCUCAAGAUCUAGGAGAACCGAUGAGUCAGAUCUUUGCGUUGACAAUGAAUUGGGAUUUGCAAAAGACCGCACCAUUAGCAGAUUAACGGAGAUGAAUAGCAGAGAAUACUUGGAGCAUCACGCGACCAUGUUAGCCGAGAAGCAAAAUCUCUCACAUCAAGUUGGCAAUGCUGACUCAAUGCAAGCAUGAUCAAAAGGAUCCGGCAUGUUUAAAACCCACAAAAUCAUUUUUUACUGCAGAACGCUAAACAUUAAACUCUAAACAUUUCAUGGGUUUUGGCUCAGCUGGGUGCCAAGAAAAUAUACACAUAGGUUUCGGUAAAUCUGAUUAUCAGUCGAAUAAAAUGUAAUUUAACAUUUGUAAAGUUAAAUAUUAUUCUAAAUUAUUCGACUGUAACCCAAAUUUUCAUUAAAUAAUGUUGUGCAAUAGAUACCUCAUACCAGAGUUUUGUACUUA